AUGCCGCAAGUGGAGACCAACGCGGACCUCGACCUCCCGCCAUCUCUCCAGGAAACAAUCAGGGCCGUGCAGCAGCUCUCCAGCGGGAAAGCACCCGGAUCGGACGCAAUCCCUGCUGAGGUCUACAAGCACGGAGGUCCCCUACUGAUGGAUCACCUGACUGCGCUCUUCCAGGAGAUGUGGCGUCAAGGUGAAGUCCCGCAAGAUUUCAAGGACGCAACAAUCGUGCACCUAUACAAGCGAAAAGGGAAUCGUCAAGUCUGCGACAAUCACCGUGGCAUCUCCCUACUGAACAUCGCCGGGAAGAUCUUCGCUCGCAUACUUCUCAACCGCCUCAACAACCAUCUGGAACAGGGCCUUCUGCCGGAAAGCCAAUGCGGCUUCCGUCGUAAUCUUGGGACCACGGACAUGAUCUUCGCCGCCCGUCAACUUGAGGAGAAGUGUCAGGAGAUGCGGACCCACCUGUACUCUACCUUCGUGGACCUGACGAAAGCCUUCGACACGGUGAAUCGUGAAGGACUGUGGAAGAUCAUGCAGAAAUUCGGCUGUCCGGAGCGAUUCACUCAGAUGGUGCGCCAGCUGCACGACGGUAUGAUGGCGCGAGUCACGGACAACGGAGCUGUCUCAGAGGCAUUCGCAGUGACUAACGGAGUGAAACAGGGAUGCGUGCUGGCACCAACCCUCUUCAGUCUUAUGUUCUCUGCCAUGCUGAUGGACGCCUACCGCGACGAACGUCCCGGGAUUCGCAUCGCCUACAGGGCGGACGGUCACCUGCUGAAUUAA